UGGAUUUGACACUGUGGAUCGCAUCGCGCUCCAUCUGUGGAGAGCGCAGAAUAAUGGGAAAAAAGGGCCACGGAAAAUCUGGAGGCAGAGGAAAAGUGCAAGAAUCGAGUAACGAAACAAGCGCACCGCGGAAACUAUCUCGCCAGAAAAGAAAUGAACUAAAUCAAGUAUUGGAGAAGCUAUUAAAAGUAAGCACCAGUGUACCCCUCUCGCCCAAUGCCAGCAGAGAAUGGGAGUCGCACCUGGAGAUCGACAGACUGCUGCAGAAAGUAAACCAGCUGGAGGCAGCCAUGAAGAUACCACCAGAGAAGGAGCGCACAGGAUGCACAGAGCGGCUGUUGUCGUGGGCGGUGGCGAAUGGUGCAGAGGUGCGUGGUGUUAAGGUCACCCACUUCCCAAACUAUGGUUUGGGUCUACAAGCAGAGAGAGACAUCAGUGAAGGCGAGCUAGUGGUUGCAAUCCCGAGGCACAUCAUGCUGACAACAGACACUGCUCGAAAGUCACCAAUACUCGGUCCCUUGAUACGUGAAGACACAAUGCUACAGCAUAUGCCCAAUGUGGCCCUGUCACUGCUGCUACUGGUGGAGAGAUUUUCCGCCGACUCGUUCUGGCGCCCGUAUAUAGAAGCCCUGCCCAAGACGUACACCACUGUGUUGUACUUCACCACACAGGAGCUGCAAGAGCUGAAGGGGUCACCUGUUCUAGAACCAGCAUUGAAACAAUGCCGCAAUAUUGCACGCCAGUACGCCUACUUCAGCAAGCUGUUCCAGAGCAAUUCAGAUCCUGCCAGUGAGAUGCUGAAAGAUAUCUUCACAUACGAGCUUUAUUGCUGGGCCGUGUCCACAGUGAUGACGCGCCAGAACUUUGUUCCUUCCGCAGACGGCGGUGCCAUGCUGAAUGCGCUCAUCCCCGUCUGGGACAUGGCCAACCACGACAACGGAGCGCUGUCAACUGACUUCAGUCCGACGCAGAACCGCAGCGAGUGCUUCGCCUUCCGCAACUUCACGGCUGGCGAGCAGGUCUUCAUACACUAUGGCGUGCGGCCCAACUCCGACCUCUUCGUACACAUGGGCUUCGUCUUCCCAGACAACGAGCACGACUGUGUGAGGCUGCGACUGGGGGUGAGCCGCUCGGAUGCUCUGGCAGCAGAGAGGAUAUCGCUCCUGGCACGACUCGGUCUACCAUCUGCCGGUGACUUCGCUCUUCGACCAGGACCGGACCCAGUUGAGGGACGCCUACUAGCUUUUCUGCGAGUGUUCAGCAUGAACAAAGAUCAGCUGCAGCACUGGAUGGAGAGUGAGAAAGUCUGUGACCUGGUUUAUGACGACUGUGCACUUGAGACAGAACUGGAGUCUCGAACCUGGAACUUCCUGUACACCCGUAUACAGCUGCUCCUUUCUGCGUACCCGACAACGCUGAAGGUGGAUGAGGAGUUGCUGGCGAAGCGGUCGUCGUUGUCCCCAUGCCACGCGGCAGCUGUGGAGAUGCGUGCCUGCGAGAAGCGGAUCCUGCACAACGCGCUCGAGUAUGUGAGCCAGCGCACACACACUUGACGGCCCGCCCUCGGGGCGCGUGGCGCGCUACUUAGCCGCCGACACUCCGCGCUCCUCGGGUAACUCCGGGUGGUGUCGACCGGCAGAUGGAGAAGUGGGAAAAUAUCAUGGGCACUGCACUGUCCAGUCCCUGAUCCUCUGGGCCCCAAAUUGAGGUGUAAAACCCAGGAGCAUUAAGUCAGUGGGUAAUGUUUCACUACCUUUAUUGUAACAUUCAAGCUAUCUGUUAACUACUUUUGGCACAUGGAAUUAAUAUUUUACUUUUGGCUGCAGUUUUGUUUCUGCAUUUUUGCCUUUUUGUGCUAAAUAUUCAAAUGACAGUUAGUCAAGAUAAUAAGACGUUGGCGCAGCAAAUGGGAAAGAAGCAAACUGUCAAGCAACUGCAACAGCAUCUUAUCAGAGAUAGCUUUCUUUGUUAGGUACAGAUUUAUAGUUCUUAAAUACCUUGUGGUUUUUAUUUUUUGGUGUUGUCAUCAACUGCAGUUCCAAGAACUUCCAAGAUUGACUAUUUUGUGUGCUAUAUUUACGUGUAUUUUUGAUCAGGGGAGAGCAAGCUUAACUUACAUAUUUGUAAGGUGCUGUCCUAAUGGAAUGGGUGUUGCAAAUACUUCUAUAUGUCUGUAAAUAAAAUAAAUAUUGGUGUUGAAAUUC